AUGGAUGAGCUUGCAGAACUUGAGCGUUUGGAGCAAAAAAUUACAUUAACAUUAUAUGAAAUUGAUGCAAAUUUCAAUAAGUGUCAUAGAAUAGUAACAACAAAGAUUUUGCCUAUAAUUGAGCGUUAUGCAGAGAGUUCUAGGCGUGUCUGGGAGGGCUCAAAGCUUUGGAAGCAAUUUUUUGAAACAAGUGCAAAUGUAUCAUUAUCAGGUUAUGAAGAGUUAUCACAACAAAAUUUAUCUCUAGAACAUGAAGAAGAAGCUGGUGUUGAUGUGUUAAAUGUAUUAGAUACAACUCAAGGAAUCCCAAAAGAUACUUCUAUUGUCUCGGAUACAUCUAUUAUGCCUAAUGAUGUACUGGAUCCUGGAUGGACAUCAACACCGCUUGAUAUGUCUGCACUUCACUCGACAUUGCCUCUUGAUACACUUGGUAUGUCAGAUACACCUAGUACAGUACGUCUUGGACCGUCAUCGCCUGCAACACGUACAAAAAAAGAGAAUCCGUUGCUUCACCGUGUAUUAGAUGCAUCAUGGCGUUUACAAGCAACUCCACAUCGUUCAUUAAUGUUUCAACGACGUAGUUUGGGCGGAUCUGAUACGUCUUCGCCUUUUCAGCCUGCAAUUAACACAUGUGAUGAUGAUGAUGAUGAUUUAGAUACAUCAUUACCAGCGGGAUUAUCUCCUCCAGUAACAUUGGUAGCUCAAUUUUCAUUGCCACCUUCUAAAUUACUUAAAACGCCUGCACGUGAGGCUGCACGUUAUGUUGUUGAUGAUAUUUUGCAAACAGCGGGUGCAGAUACAAGUACAGCACGUCGUGAUACGUUUGGAAAUAUAGCGGAUAGUUCGCCUUUACCUGUAGAAAGUCGUAGAACAUUGUUUGAAUGA